AUGGAUUUCAAACGUCCUUUGGCUGGUGUUGCCACUAUGUCGAUGGUUCCUUUGCCCGCCAAAAAAGCUCGCUAUGAGUCCCCAAGCUUUACAUUGGCCACUUUCGGAGGACAGGCCGGCAAACCGGGAUCGCAGAUUAUACCCGCCGGCAAACCGGGUAGUAUACCUCGAUCAUCAAAUUUGAUGUCGCCUAAUUUGCUUUUGAACGGGCAUGACAGUGAAAUAUACUGUGGCAAAUUUUCUCAUGACGGCACUUUUCUGGUGAGUGCUGGGUUUGACCGCCGAAUUUUGUUAUGGGAAACCUUCGGCGAAUGCGAAAACAUUGCUACACUUAUAGGACACGGUGGAGCCAUUCUAGAUAUCGCAUUAUCCUCCGACGACUCCGUCAUUUAUUCUGCCAGCUCCGACAAAUCAGUUGCCCUGUGGGACACGGAAAGUGGGCAACGGAUCAAAAAAUUUCGUGGCCACCAAAACUUUGUGAAUGCAUGCGAUGUUGCACGUCGUGGGCCUCAGCUCGUCUGCUCCGGAUCCGACGAUGGCACGGUGCGUUUGUGGGACCGAAGACAGAGGACACACGUGCAAAGCUUUCAAAAUGUUUAUCAGGUGCUCGCGGUCACUUUCAGUGAUACUGCCGAGAUGAUAUUCUCCGGUGGCAUUGACAAUGUCGUCAAAGGAUGGGAUUUGCGCAAGCUUGAUGCCUCCAUGCUACUCACGGGUCACACAGACACGGUGACCGGAUUAGCGGUCAGCGCCGAUGGAUCAUUUCUGUUGUCGAAUGGAAUGGACAAUUACCUGCGCAUAUGGGAUAUCAGACCGUACGCGCCGGCCGAACGAUGUGUCAAAACGUUUGUCGGUCAUCAGCACACUUUUGAGAAGAACCUGUUGCGAUGUGCCUGGUCUGCAGACGGUCUCCGUAUCACAUGUGGAAGCGGAGAUCGCUAUGUGCAUGUGUGGGACACGGCGACAAGACAGUUGGUGUACAAGCUACCCGGGCACACGGCCUCCGUGAACGAGACGGCAUUUCAUCCCCAAGAACCCAUUUUACUAUCUGUUGGGAGUGAUAAGAAGAUUUUUCUCGGUGAAAUAUUGCCGCCGAUAUAG